AAACGUUUGUCCCCCUCAACUUUCUUUCCUUCCCCUUUUUCCUAUGUACUUUCCUCGCAAUUACUCCUCCAAAAUUCUCCCAAUUUUUUUCCCCUACUACUUAAACAAUUAUAGCAAUAAUAAUUGAUCUUUUCUCACCGAAUCCGCGUUUUCCCUCACCUUAAUCUUCGCCUCUAAUCUCUCCAUCUGAUCACAUCCUCAUUGCAUUUUUCCUCAUUUAGCCAAAAAUUAAAUUCUUAAUCAUCAGCAUUAUAACUAAUCGUAAGUUUAACCGCCCAAUUUUUUGUCAAUUUAAUUUUUCCCAUUAAUUUUGUCCAUUUCCCGCAAAAUCCGGGUUCUGGCAUAUUCCAAUGAAUUUCUCAUCUUCAUCUCUAGAAAGUAUUUCUCAGAAUUUUAUUGAUUUAGUUUUGUAAAUUUUCUUUUUGCCUUUUCCCCCCUUCCUCUUCCGAUUGUUCUAUGCAUCCAUUUUGUUGCGUUUCUUCUACUAUUCCAGACCCGAUGACUCCGCCACCGGCGCUACCGUCGCCGCCGCCUCCUCGGGCGUCUUCUUCCUCUGAUAAUAAUAAUAAUAAUAAUAAUAAUAAUCAUUAUCCGAUUAAACAGAGCAAGGUAAAUAAUAGUAAUAUUAACGGGGAUAAUAGGAAUAAUAAUGAUCAGACUACGAGUCGAUAUUUUUCUCCGCCGCGGCUGUCGAGGGCGUCGCAACCGCCGUCGAGGAGGGAGAUUGCUCAAUUGACUGCGGCAGCUGCGGCGGCGAGUGGGAGCACGAGCGGAGCAGCGAAGAUAAAUGAUAUUGUAGGACAUGGCAUUUCGGGAAUUUUGUACAAGUGGGUGAAUUACGGGAAAGGAUGGCGGCCGCGGUGGUUUGUUUUGCAAGAUGGCGUGUUGUCGUAUUACAAGAUCCAUGGGCCUGAUAAGAUUGUUGUGAGUCAAGAGAGCGAGAAAGGCGCUAGAUUGAUUGGGGAAGAGUCGUUUAAGAGGAUCUCCAGGCGGAAUGGAUUAUCAUCGUCGGCAUCAUCACAACAGAAGACUCGCAAGCCUGUUGGUGAAGUCCAUCUCAAGGUUUCCUCUAUUCGAGAGAGCAGAUCAGAUGAUAGAAGAUUUUCUAUUUUUACUGGAACAAAGAGGCUGCAUUUGAGAGCUGAAACUAGAGAAGAUCGAAUGGCAUGGAUGGAAGCAUUGCAAGCUGUGAAGGACAUGUUCCCUAGAAUGUCCAACAGUGAAUUAAUGGCUUCUAUCGACAAUGUGGCUGUUUCAACAGAAAAGUUGAGGCAAAGAUUAUUGGAAGCAGGCGCAAGCAAGGAUACUAUUGAGGAAAGUGAACAAAUUAUGAAAGACGAGUUUGCUUCUCUGCAGAAUCAAUUGAUGCUUCUGAAGCAGAAGCACUGGCUCCUCAUUGAUACGCUGCGGCAGUUAGAGACAGAAAAGGUUGAUCUGGAAAACACAGUAGUCGAUGAGAGUCAAAGACAAUUGAAAGGGGCAUUUAGCAGAUCAAGGCAAGACAAAUAUAGUGAGGCCAGUGCCAGUGAAUCUGAAGAUGAUACUGAAAGAGUUGAUGCUGCAGAAGAGGAUACAGAUGAAGAAGAUAACACCUUCUUUGACACAAGGGACUUCUUGUCUUCAAGUUCCUUCAAGAGCAAUGGAUCUGAUUUUCGCACAUCAUCUUUCUCAUCUGGUGAAGAUGAACUUUAUGCUUUUGAAUCUGAUGAUGGUGUCGAUCCUGCUAUUAAAUCCGCUGGUGCUAACUUUCCCUACAUAAAGCGUCGCAAAAAAUUACCUGAUCCUGUUGAAACCGAGAAAAGUGUGAGCUUAUGGUCGAUGAUUAAAGACAACAUUGGGAAGGACCUCACAAGAGUUUGUCUUCCUGUCUACUUCAAUGAACCUCUGUCUUCUUUGCAAAAGUGCUUUGAGGAUUUGGAGUAUUCAUAUCUAAUUGAUCGUGCUUAUGAAUGGGGGAAAAGGGUAUGCAUAGGUAAUAGCCUUAUGAGGAUUUUAAAUGUAGCAGCAUUUGCAGUAUCUGGGUAUGCGUGUACUGAAGGAAGAAGUUGCAAACCAUUUAAUCCACUAUUAGGGGAGACUUAUGAGGCUGAUUAUCCUGACAAAGGGCUCCGGUUUUUCUCAGAGAAGGUCAGUCAUCAUCCUAUGAUUGUAGCUUGUCACUGCGAGGGUACUGGAUGGAAGUUUUAUGGUGAUAGCAAUUUGAAAAGCAAAUUCUGGGGUCGCUCUAUACAACUAGAACCUGUUGGUGUUUUAACUCUGGAAUUUGAUGAUGGAGAAGUAUUUCAAUGGAGUAAGGUAACAACAUCCAUUUACAAUCUUAUUUUGGGAAAACUAUAUUGUGAUCACUAUGGUACCAUGCGAAUUCAAGGAAACCGUGAUUAUUCAUGUAAACUGAAAUUCAAGGAGCAGUCUAUCAUAGACCGCAAUCCUCAUCAGGUACAAGGAAUAGUCCAGGAUAGGAGUGGAAAGACAGUUGCAACCCUCUUUGGGAAGUGGGAUGAGAGCAUGCAUUAUGUGAAUGGAGAGUGUUCUUCUAGAGGAAAAGGAGCUGAAUCUCUGUCAGAAGCACAUUUACUUUGGAAGCGGAGCAAACCUCCUAAGUUCCCAACAAGAUAUAAUUUUACCCGUUUUGCGAUGACAUUGAACGAACUUACCCCGGGACUGAAGGAAAGGCUACCACCGACCGAUUCAAGGUUGAGACCUGAUCAAAGGUGCUUGGAAAAUGGGCUGUAUGAACAGGCGAAUGCAGAAAAGCUGCGACUGGAGCAGCGACAAAGACAGGCCCGUAAAAUGCAAGAGAGGGGUUGGAAACCACGGUGGUUUGCUUAUGACAAAGGAUGUGAUUCUUACCGCUACAUUGGUGGGUAUUGGGAAGCAAGGGAAGAGGCGAAGUGGGAUUCAUGCCGUGAUAUUUUUGGUCACAUUGCGUCUGACCACAUAUUAGACUGAGGAAGCUUCAAAAAUUUUGGAUUCCUUUUUUCUUUCAUUUACGACAGAAAUAUUGGUUUAGGCAGCCGGUGAUUGUUGUCCGGGGCCAGGGACGUCAUUGACAAACCAUUUAGUGUAGAUCAAGUGCUUCCUGAAUAAAAGGUUCUUUCGACUUUUCUCUA